GACACUGAUGCUAAGGUGUAUCUGGAGAUUUCCGCCGUCGCUCGCCGUCAGGAUGCUCUCGCCGCCGCCGUCACAAUCCUCCAGCGCCGGUGGCCGGAACCCUAGAUCGAUUAUCGCGAGCUCGAAUUCGGACUUCGCUUUUCCCAAAUCUCAACCCCAGAAUCUCGCUUGCUCUCGCAAUCUCUCUCCGAAACCCACGGUAGCACUUCCAAAUUCUGGAGCUCCCCGAAAAAGCAUAGCGAUGUCUACGCACUGUUCUUCCGGGAAUGCUUUCUCAGGACCAACGCAAAUUGGGGGUAAGCCAGAAUCUGGGGAAUCGGAUUUGAAUUCGCUAGUGGUGGUCUCGUUCUACAAGUUCGCCGAUUUUCCGGACCAUGCUGAUUUGAGGAAGCCAUUGAAGGAGCUCUGCGAGGAACUGCAUGUUUCAGGUGGAAUCAUUUUAGCUCCAGAGGGGAUCAAUGGAAGCAUCUGCGGGACACGGGAAUCUGUGGAGAGAGUGUUGGCAUUCAUACAGAGCCAUACCCAUUUGAAUGGGCUGAGGCGUGUGGAGACGCCCGUGACUCCUGAGCAAGAAGCCAUCCAUCAUGGGCACAGUAGUAACUCUCCUCUUGCUGCUGGUGAAGAUGCACCAUUCAGAUGGGACCAUGUGAGGGUAAAGUUGAAGAAAGAGAUUGUUACACUUGGAAUGCCCAGUGUUUCUCCGAUUGAAAGAGUUGGAAAGUAUGUGAGUCCUCAAGAGUGGAAUGAACUGAUCAGUGACCCGGAGACUGUGGUGAUUGAUGUGCGUAAUACCUAUGAAACUAGAAUAGGGAAGUUUAAAGGAGCCGUUGAUCCGUGUACCACAGCAUUUAGGGAUUUCCCUUCUUGGGUGGAGAAUCAAUUUCGGCUAAAAGAGAAAACGAAUGAGGAACAGGUGAAACUGGAGAAAAAGGGUUCAUCUGAGAGCACUGUUAAACAAGAUGAAACACAAGACCAGAAAGUGUUGCCUCGGGUUGCUAUGUAUUGCACUGGAGGAAUUAGAUGUGAGAAAGCUUCAAGUUUUCUUCUAAGCCAAGGUUUUAAAGAGGUGUAUCAUCUGAAAGGCGGGAUCUUGAAGUACCUGGAGCAAGUCCCGAAAACAGAGAGCUUAUGGGAAGGCGAGUGCUUUGUGUUUGACAAGCGUGUAUCGGUCGAACACGGUCUAGCUCAGGGGACCCACAAGCUUUGCUAUGGAUGCAAGCAGCCUAUCAGCGACGCUGACAUGGAAGCUCCGGAAUAUGAGUAUGGAGUUUCUUGCCCAUACUGUUACUCCGAGAAAUCGGAAGAAGAAAAAGAGAGGGCGAGAGCAAGGCAGAGGCAGUUUGAGACGUGGGGAGUUAUUGGUGGCCCUGAUAAAGGUAUGAGACCUGCUGCCAAACCCGAUAGCCCAAGGAGGACGAGCAAUGCAAAGCUUUCUUCUUCAAUAUGAGAAAGUUCAGAUCUUUGGAGAUUGGGAAGCCAUUUUAGUUAAUUCUUGAAGCCUUGGUCUUUAACGUUUGUGCCUUCUCUUGCCAAAAUCAUUGUCCUGUUGAGGAGUUUACAAGUCUAAUGGAAGAAUUACAGUUGUUUUUAUA